GCUGCCAGUGUUUUCAGCAAUGUCUUUAAGGUUGAAAUACUCGAGUUUUGCCUUUACGCUCAUGCGUCCCGGACAGAAAUCACGAAACAAUUUCAUGAUCACCUUGUUGAUGGAUUUUAUGAGCACAAACAGUAUGUGGAAGAUAAAUUUGGUAAAACGGUCAGUGUCAAUAAGCUCGGUGAGAGGUCAAUUUUACCACCUGGAGCUUCUAUACGUUACUCAAUCGAGAGCAAUGGGAUAGAUGCGAGCAAGAAGAAUGUAUCGAGUAAUUCACUUGAUGCUGGACUCAGUGGUACUCUGAACCUGCGAUCUCGAGGAGCAGCGAUCGGCUCAACCAUGCUGAGCAUGUUAACCACAUCUAGGAAAUCAAGCACGCAUACAGCGGGAUCCAUUUCCAACUCAACGUCGACUUUGGCUAAUAAUCGAACAACAUCCGAACGUUUCGAUGCAGCGCGAGUAUUUGCAACAAUGAGAAACAGUAGUAUGGACUCGCUCAAAUCGCCAAUACGAGCAAAUAGGCGUCCUACUGUUGAUGGGAUUGAAGGUAUAAGACUCCGUUCACGUGCUCGACGAAGUGUUGAUCAGUCUUCUGGAGCACCGCCGCUUCCACCGCGAACUCACAUUGUGAAAACGAAUGAUGCCUUAUUAGAUGACAGAAACUUGCCAGUGCUCAGAUACAGCAAGAACUGA